AUGUGUGAAAACAAAAGUAAAGUAAAAGAUAUAAGUUUAGCUCCUUUUGGAAAGUUGCAAAUGCAAAUAUCUGAAAAUGAAAUGCCAGGAAUAAUGACAAUAAGAGAAGAAUUUGAAAAAAAAAAACCUUUAAAAGAUGCAAAAAUAAGUGGUUGCUUACACAUGACAGUUGAAUGUGCAUUAUUAAUUGAAACCCUACAAAAAUUAGGAGCAAAAAUAAGAUGGUGUUCAUGUAAUAUUUAUUCUACUGUAGAUUAUGCAGCUGCUGCCGUCAGCACACUCGAAAAUGUAACAGUUUUUGCAUGGAAGGGAGAAACUCUUGAAGAAUAUUGGUGGUGUGUAGAAAAUUCCUUAACAUGGGGAGAAAAUGAGGGCCCAGAUUUAAUUGUUGAUGAUGGAGGAGAUGCAACUCUUUUAGUUCAUAAAGGUGUAGAAUAUGAAAAAUUAUAUGAAGAAAAAAAUAUUUUACCAGAUCCAGCGUCAGCAAAAAACGAAGAAGAAAAAUGUUUUCUAAAUUUGUUAAAAAAAUCUAUUCUUAAAAAUCCGAAAAAAUGGACUAACAUUUCAAAAAAAAUUAUUGGAGUAUCUGAAGAAACAACAACUGGAGUAUUGAGAUUAAAAAAAAUGGAUAAAAAUAAAGAAUUGCUUUUUCCUGCUAUUAAUGUGAAUGAUUCAGUAACUAAACAAAAAUAUGAUAAUGUUUACGGUUGUAGACACUCAUUACCUGACGGAUUAAUGCGAUCUACAGAUUUCUUAAUAUCAGGAAAAAUAGUUGUUAUAUGUGGAUAUGGAGAUGUUGGUAAAGGGUGUGCAUCAUCUAUGAAAGGAUUAGGUGCUAGAGUUUAUGUUACAGAAAUAGAUCCAAUAUGUGCUAUUCAAGCUAUUAUGGAAGGAUUUAAUGUAGUUACUUUAGAUGAAAUUGUAGAUAAAGGAGACUUUUUUAUUACAUGUACAGGUAAUGUUGAUGUUAUUAAAUUAGAACAUUUACUGAAAAUGAAAAAUAAUGCUGUAGUAGGUAAUAUUGGUCAUUUUGAUGAUGAGAUACAAGUCAAUGAAUUAUUUAAUUAUGAAGGUGUUCAUAUAGAGAAUGUAAAACCACAAGUAGAUAGAGUUACUUUACCAAAUGGAAAUAAAAUUAUUGUAUUAGCAAAGGGAAGACUUUUAAAUCUUGGAUGUGCAACUGGGCAUCCUGCAUUUGUCAUGUCAUUUUCUUUUUGUAAUCAAGUUUUUGCACAGCUGAAUUUAUGGGAGAAUAGAAAUAAUUCUAAAUAUGAAAAUAAGGUUUAUUUGUUACCUAAAGAACUUGAUGAAAAAGUUGCUCUUUACCACUUGAAAAAACUAAAUGCAUCAUUAACAGAAUUAGAUGAUAAUCAAUGUGAAUUCUUAGGAGUUAGUAAGAAUGGACCAUAUAAAAGCAAUGAAUAUAGAUAUUAA